AAUCAUCAGAACAACCCCCUAAACCAUAACAGGGAGCCAACACCCCAGGAAUCAACGCAACGAUUUCUGGUUUCACCGCAAAUAACACGAAGGGUGGCGCCCAAGGUUUCAGCGGACCCGUAUGUGAAUGGACUUAAUGCAACAGGGUUGUUAAGUAUGUCUGGUAUGAAUGUGGUGUGGCCGACUUCAUCCGAUAAUUGCUACCCUGGUGCUCCUAGCAAACAUGUCUUGAAGAAUGCAUUGCUUGGUCUGAGUAAUGGGAUAUCCAUCACUUACCCCACUAGUGGGAAAUACCACAAUGGUGGCAUAUCAUCCACACAACAAGCACCCAAGCUAAUCGAGUCUCCUGAAAUUAAAGGUGAAGAGACAAAGGUCCCGGGUUCAGGUCCCGCUGGUAGCCCUGAGUCGGACGUGUCAAGUUUGUCGGAUUUUUCGUGCGGUUCGAACAAAGUUGUCGACGUGAGGAAAGUAAAGAAGGCGUGGCUGCAACGUCAUUCCGAUGAAUCUGAUGACUCGGCUAAAGUUGCCAUAAAACGAAAGAACGACGAUAAUGAGUUGCCAUUGAAAGCUACAACCCCCCCACAUGCCAAGGUGGCAGAGGAUGGAUUGUGCCCGCCGAGUAAAAAGCCAAAGAAGAAAAAUAAGAAGAAAGAAAAAAGUGACGAUUUCGGGAAAAAGAAGAAAAAGUUUUUGACGAAAAGUAAAAAAUAUUUACUGCAAAUUGAAGAGGAGAGUGUUUGUGAUGUCAUAAUGGGAGACAAUGAAGAUGGCCUCCCAGAGUCACUGUUGACUUCCAAUGUUGAAAGAGAUCGAUUGAAAACAUCGGGAGAAGCUUUCAUACAAGAUGCUGCUUGCCAUGAGCUGUCAAGUUAUGAAGAAGUUACUUUGUGCAACUCUCUACCUCCACCUAGAUGUAGGGAAUGCAAGGGAGGAAAAAAGAAGGAAAAUUCUGCCGUGUUUUGUAGAUUUUAUGGAUUUAGAAAACUUGCCUUUGUUGACGAACAAUUACAAAGCGCCGGCUUCUGCAAUCCUGAGGAUUCUAAACCAUCAGACCUUCGACUGUGGCUUCCUGCCAAUCCCGGCCCCACCUCACCCACCGAGGGGUCAACACCCCACAACAAACUAUCGUUACAAUCAUGCGAAUAUAUUCUAUCACGUAUUGGGGUUCGUUUCUGUGAGUUGGUGGAAAGUGAAAAGGAAGCCAUGAAACUUGCCGAGUCAUCGGUGAAACCACAUUGGAAGCGUCCGAUAUCUGGUGUACGUGAGAUGUGUGACGCAUGUGAAACCACGUUGUUCAACAUACACUGGGUUUGUCACCACUGUGGGUUCGGGGUUUGCACCGAUUGUUAUAAAAGUCGACAAUCAAUGUCAAGAGAAGAAAUGGAGGAAUGCGACGUUGACAAGCGCAACCCCACCCGGUGGUUGAAAUGUACGAGGGGAAAGUCACAUGACACGAUGAGUCUUAUUCCUACGCAGAUAAUACCAAGCUCCUGUUUAUUCGAUCUCCAUGAAUUAUCCCACCAAGCUUCCAGCAAACUUGGUCUGCCGGUUGAUGGGAGUUGUUCCGUGGGUGGCGUUCGUAAACCAACGUUAAACACGUUGUUGAUUAAUAAACAACUUGGCGAUCCCAAAAUGGAGGUCCAUCACCCCCCAACCCCCCCACUUCCUAAUAUGGAUAAAGAAAGAUUCAAGAUGUUUAAUCAAGACAAUCUAUCUCCAUUAGAUGUGUUGGCCAGUGUGGCUGCUGUGAGGGGGGUGGCUGGCUGUAAUACAAGCGCUGGAAAAGUUGAAAACACGACAGAAAGUUUAUGUGAACGAUCUCCAGCCCCCCAACCCCCACCCACCAACAAAUGGUUAUGCAAUCGACAAUUAUUACAACUUACCGAUGGGAGCGACCAUGUGAAUGUUGAGAGCUUCCAAACGCAGUGGGGUUAUGGUUUGCCGGUUGUAGCCUCGGGAGCCGAGAAGAAACUGACGCCGGAGUUAUGGAAGCCGUCCAAUAUAAGUGAUGAACACGGGGAGGAACCAACAGGAAACGCGCUUGUUAACUGUAGAUUGGGGUCAAUUAUCACCAACGCUCAUAUCAAGGACUUCUGGAACGGAUUCGAAUGUAUCGCAAAUCGAAUGACGGACGACAAAACAGGGGAACGAAUGAUAUUAAAGUUAAAAGAUUGGCCGACGACGGAUGAUUUCCUCGAUACGAUGCCGCAUAGGUUUAAGGACCUGAUGUCGGCCCUCCCCCUCCCCGAAUACACUGCACGUGACGGCCAAUACAACAUCGCUGGUUAUCUGCCUGAUUUCUUUGUUCGACCGGACCUUGGACCUAAGAUGUACAUCGCGUAUGGUUGGGUGACUGAGAAGGAUUGGAACCAAGGAACCACCAACUUACAUUUGGAUAUAUCGGACGCUUGUAACUUGAUGGUUUAUGUGGGGGUUCCUAUGGACCAACCUCCUGGUUCAUUAAAUACGAUGUUGGAGAUAAUAAAGGAAGGAGAUGUUGAUGAGUUUCAGUUGGAACGUUCCAAGACGAGCAAACCUGGUGCGUUGUGGCACAUAUUUAAAGCUUCCGAUACCGAUAAGAUACGACAACUUAUAUUAAAGGUGAAAGCUGAGGAGGGCGUUGAAGUUCCGCACGACCACGAUCCAAUACAUGAUCAACAAAUAUAUCUCGAUAAAACGUUAAGGAAAAGAUUGAAGGACGAAUACGGUGUCAGCGGUUAUGCCAUCGUGCAAUGCGAGGGUGACAGCGUGUUUAUACCAGCGGGGGCUCCACAUCAGGUUUUCAACUUACACAGUUGCAUCAAAGUUGCCGAAGAUUUCGUUUCACCCGACCACGUUGAUAAAUGUUUCAAACUUACCGAGGAGUUUCGUCGACUCUCAUCCUCCCAUUCUAACCAUGAGGAUAAAUUACAACUUAAAAAUAUCGUGUACCACGCUAUAAAGGAGGUCCUAACUUCCAUUGCAUGGCACGAGGCCAAUAAUUGUCAGUAAAAUGUUACACCCCGCAGUUGUAUUGUAACAUUCCGUUUCUUUUUUUACCUCCCUCCGUUUUUAACUUUUAUGUUAUUGUUUUCAACAAAGCAAAUUCUUUCUGUGAUGUUUGUAUAUAUCAACACUGAACAACCCUGGGUUUUAAAAUAUACAUUUUAUCACCAAUUUCC